AUGCAUUCCGUGCUCGCUGCUGUCGCACUCGCGUCGAGUGUCGUCCCCGCCGUCCUUGCCCAAGGCGUCCCCCUCGCCUCAAAGCAUUUCACCUGGGGUGCUCUCCCAUACCAGGCAGACACUGAUACUGGUGAGCGUGGUACCCAGUACGGUUACAACUUGUGCAACAGCACCACUGAGGGACCAACCUCGUUGUGCCAAACCGCCAUCAUCAACAGCAUCGAUGACUUCUGCCUCUGGGGUCCUCCUGAAAAGGAUUCUCUCAUCGGUAACGUCGAGGGUGAGAGCGUUGCUUGGUGCACAAAGCCAGGCUAUGGUACCCGUAUCAUCCCCAAGGGUGCCAUCACCGGCGUUCAGUUCAUGAAGACGCCCGACUACAUUCAAGUCACUGGUCGCAUCACCCAGAACCUCAUCAACAUCCAAGCCGAUGACUCCGGAGGAGAGUUGGACCCCCACGGUGCCGACCAGCGUGGUAACCCCCUCGGCGGUCUCCUCUUCUCCAAUGCAUUCACUGGACAAUUCGUUCAAGCUGUUGAAUGGCACAACUUUAUGGGUGGAGGAACUUUCUGCCUCAAGGCCUGCGACCCCGCUGGUCCCAACGCUGCUCGCUUCUGCGAGCACAUCUUUGAUCGAAUUGGAUGCGCAUACAACGCCCCAGCUGCCUACGAAGAUGGCGCUUUCCUCAGCUGCGAGGGUGCCAACCAGGACUUCCCCGGAAUCUACACCGACGCUGCAGGUGCUGUUCAGACCUACACUCAGCCACCAGAAUCUCUCGGUCCCAUCUCGACGAUGCCCUACCAACCCCGCGUCCCAGCAUCGUCAAACUGCGUGACCCACGACGUCGCCACCCUCUGGUCUGGUGCUCCCACUGCAAGCGUCGCUCCUGCUUCCUCGAGUGCAAGUGGAACGCUUACCCGCACCACCUCGCGCGCCGUCUCCACCACCCGCGCAUCGACCGCUGGGUCAUCGGCCACCGGCACCCCCAACGGUGCUUCAUCGCGCCGUUCUCUCCCUCGGCUCGCUAGCAGGAGCUGCUCUCGUUGCCUUCGUUGCCCUCUAAGCGGACGUUACGACUUUUAG